GUAUAUUCAACCCGCGUUGCAUUAUUGCAGCGGAUCAUACAAAGCAUAGCAUACAUACUUAGGACACAUACUGAAGUACGCGCUGGCAACAUGUCCUCCGAAAGCCGCCUUUACACUUUUUCCGACGAGACGAAGCAGAGACUCCGCAAAUUCCGCCUGGGGACCUCGCGCGCCAAAGACCCCCAGGCCAUCAUCUACGAGAUUGACAAAAAAACGCUCGAGGUCCGACCUUCCGACGACGAUGUCUACACUGAUAUCGAAAGCCUCGCCGACGAGUUGCCGGAGCAUGCCCCGCGCUUCGUGCUAUUGAGCUAUCCCCUCACCCUGGACUCCGGCCGCCUUUCCGUGCCAUACGUCAUGUUGUAUUACCUCCCCAUCACCUGCAACAGCGAGGUCAAGAUGCUAUACGCUGGCGCAAAGGAGUUGAUGAGGAAUACCGCCGAGGUCAACAAGAUCAUCGAGAUUGAAAGCGCUGAUGAUCUGGAGGAUAUCGAAGAGAAGCUCAAAGGCGAGCCAUGAUUGCUUAGACGGCACACCAUUGGGUAGUGAUCGUAUCAUGGACGGAGGGAUAAUCGGCCGAUCAGAUUUGCUGGCCAGCUGUCGCUGCGUUGGGACUCGAGCCCCGCAAGAUUACGUUCAGCGACUCUACAAUUUGACGAGGCUAUGGGCUUUGGUAAGGGUUUGUGUAUCCUGCCGAAGGUGUUGUAAUGAAUUUCCAUUGAUCUACGUCAUGAAAUCCCAUUGCCAUGACUAUGCUCUAGGAUGCACUAUCAACAUUGAUACUGUUGGUUUGUAUUAUACCUCUCCGAAGUUAUCCUCUUUUGGCCUCCUUUUUUUCUCGACUGUUGUGUUUGCAUUAACCCAACAACUACUCGUCGUUCUACCUUACCUUUCUAUUCUGUAACAGUGGUAUAUGUAUACGUUUAUCCAAUAAGGACAAAACUCGCGACAGUCAACUAUAUAGCUCCCCCUCUUCCAGGACAUUGUUCCAAUAGUUGCAUGGUGCGUCUCUUCCCCCACUCUCAUAACCACGCUCCCC